UUGAAUGAUUGAACCUGUGGAAAACUUGGCGGACAGACAAUGACGCUAACAUCGGUUGCUAAUACUUUCAUUAUAUCUUUAUUUAUUUUCUCACAGUUUGUUCAUGGGCUGGAGGAUUGCAGAAGUGGAAUGUUUCCACCUAAAGGACCAACGUUUAAAGGUAAUGUGAGCUGGUACACUGUAAAUCUCGAUUUACCCCCUAGUGAGAGAUGGACGCAAGUGAUCAAAGAUAAAAACACAGAGUUGUUCACAAUGGUACAGACAAUAAAAGACAUCGCCAAGGGAUUUUUCCAUGGAAAACUUAUUGAUUUAGUGGACGAGGAGCUGCCAUUGAUUGUGGACACACUUCCACACCCUUUCAAUGAAGAAAUUAAGGGAAUAGCAGCUGUUUCUGGCAUCCCUCUGGGUGAGAUUACGCUGUUCAAUAUCUUUUAUGAGGUUUUCACCGUUUGCACAUCCCUUGUUGCAGAAGACCUUAAUGGAAAUAUUUAUCAUGCCCGGAAUUUGGACUUUGGACUAUUUAUGGGGUGGGAUAGACGGAAUAAAACAUGGACUUUAACCGAGAAGCUUAAACCUCUUGUGGUGAAUGUCAAUUUCGAAAGGAAUAACAAAACCGUGUUUAAAUCAACAAAUUUUGCUGGAUAUGUUGGCAUUCUCACUGGAAUUAGACCUGGUGAACUGACCCUAACAAUGAACGAGCGUUUCAACUUUGAUGGGGGUUAUAUUGGGAUUCUGGAAUGGAUUAUUGGCAAGAGAGAUGGAAUGUGGAUGGGUUUUCUUACUCGCAAAAUCCUGGAAAAUGCUACAAGUUACGAGGAUGCUAAAGCCCAGCUCUCUCUGACAAAACUUCUAGCACCUGCUUACUUCAUAUUGGGUGGUAACCGAACAGGACAGGGUUGUGUGAUAACCAGGACUAGAAUAAACACGUUAGACAUCUGGGAACUUGAUAUGGAGCUUAGGAGAUGGUACGUCCUGGAAACGAACUAUGAUCACUGGGAAAAGCCUAUGAUCCUAGAUGACCGUAGAACACCGGCAAUGAAGUGCAUGAAUCAAACCACACAAGCGAAAAUUUCUCUGUCAUCAAUAUAUGAUGUUCUGUCAACAAAACCAGUUCUUAAUAAGUUGACAACCUACACCUCAUUAAUGGAAGUGUCAACUGGAACUCUGGAGUCUUAUAUUAGAGACUGUCCAAAUCCAUGUACACCGUGGUGAUCUGCCAUCAUCUCUGAAUGAGCUGAGGCAUCAGGCAUAUAGAAUACUGUUCUUGAUCAGUUAUUACAGGGCCAAUGUUCAUGUACAGGAAGGAGUGUGUAAAAAAUGUUAUGGUCGCAAUUCUACCUCUGAACUUUCAGUUUCAUAUCUGUUCACAUGGAUGUCUGUUAUAACUAAUAACUUUAUACUAUAACUAUAAUUUUCUGCUUUAUCACUGCAACACAUUGUGAAAAUCAUAAAUGUUUCUCUUGCAUAACAAACUUUGAGUAACCACACAUUUUAAAUAGAAAUGUUUUUGUGUGCUCUUCGAUCUGCAAGUGCACACAAGUCAAUUUCAGUAAGUGCUGCCUUUUUCUGUUAGGAAAUCGAUUUUUUGUGAAAUCCUUGGUGAUGCUAAAAAGUAUUUUUGUAAUUUAUAAAUGUAUAAUUGUGUUAAAUAUGUAAAUUCCUGAAAUGACAAUUUAUUUUACUUUUUUCAAGAUUAAUAUAUAAAACUGGUAAUUCUAUAAUAAAAUGUUGCUUCAAUAAAGGCUAGACAUCUUUUCAGCCUCA